GCAUCACAGUUAUGGUGGACGUCGUCUAGACCGGUCGCGAGUGCAGACAGAUUUGACAGCUGUAGAUUGUCAUCGCGGUUCCUUUUAUUGAUAUUUGGAUAUUCGUCAUUCAACAGACAGCUUUCCGUAAUUCUGUAUAUCCACCUGCAAACUUACACACAGGAGAGAUUUUUUUCACUGGCAAUCAUAAUGAAGUAUUAUUGGUACAAAACAGAGAACUGGAUUGUUUGUAGUUGAAUCAGAACUACAAUAAAUGUGAUGUCUUGUUAAUUGUCAUGCAUGGAUGAAUGCAUCGACAAAAAUCUAUUAGGAAAACCAGCAUUACAUAUACAGCCUCACAUUUGUCAUCGUUGCCUUGACGAUGAGGAGGAAACACCUGGUGGUUGUCGUGGUGACCAUCUUCCUAUGCUGGAACAUUAUGAUGUAUUACCUACUGGUGUCAAAGAACCCUGGAAAGUCAAUCUCCUUUGAAGAGAAGUUAACAUGGCUAGAGGCGGACAUCAAACAUGAACUGAAGGAGAACACAGGUCUACUGGAGCAGCUACGUAAGUUACGACAGGACGCAGAGAGACAGGCACGACAGAAAGCACAGGAAGCUAUCGAGAGACAAGCCGAUCGGAACGUAGCACCUGUUGAGGGACCAGCUCAACACAGGACAGAGGCCCCUGUCAAGGUCCCUGUCAGGACUAACAAUGAACCAGUCGACGCUAACUCGGUCAUUCUCCCUAUUCUAAUGAUAGCCUGUGACCGUGUAUCGGUCAGCCGUAGCUUAGACCAACUCCUUAAAUAUCGUACGUCGCCUGAGCGUUUUCCAAUUAUUGUGAGUCAGGACUGCGGUCAUCAAGCGACAUCUGACGUUAUACAAAAAUAUGUUGUCUCAGACAACAUCAUACACAUCAAGCAACCUGACCUUAGUGAAAUAGAGCUGCCCUGGCCGAAGAAAAAGUUCAGUGGUUAUUAUAAAAUCGCUCGUCAUUACAAGUGGGCUCUCAACCAGAUCUUCCAUCAUUUCAACCACUCGGCUGUCAUCAUAGUAGAAGAUGACCUUGACAUCUCACCCGAUUUCUUUGAGUAUUUUGCGGCGACUUAUCCUAUUCUGACCUCUGACCCUUCACUGUGGUGUGUAUCUGCGUGGAAUGACAACGGAAAAGGUGGCAUGGUGUCAGAUGAACCAGAGCUACUCUAUAGAUCUGACUUCUUCCCUGGCCUUGGUUGGAUGAUGGAGAGAAAACUAUGGCUGGAGAUCGGACCAAAAUGGCCAGUUACAUUUUGGGAUGACUGGAUGCGUCACCAGGACCAAAGGAAGGAACGCGUUUGUAUACGUCCCGAGAUUUGUAGGACGAGUACAUUCGGCAAGAAAGGAGUGAGUCUGGGUUUAUUUUAUGAAAAACAUUUAAAACACAUAAAGCUGAAUGAUAAAUUUGUGGCAUUCACCAAGAAAGACCUGUCUUACUUGAAAAAGGAGAAUUAUGACCCUUGGUUCACACAUAUGGUGUAUGAAACACCAGAAGUGACGGUUGCGGAGGUGAUGUCUGGCAGUAAAAAACACCUCAAGGCGUUACGUGUCACCUACACUACAAAGGAACAGUUCAAAUCUGUGGCCAAGAGACUGGGCAUCAUGGACGACUUCAAGGCCGGCGUCCCUCGUGUUGCUUACCGUGGAGUAACCAGUUUUAUCUACAGCGGACAAAGGAUUUAUCUAGCUCCUAAAUCUGAUUGGCAAAAGUAUGACCUCACCUGGACGUGACCUUGACCUCCUGUGUAGAUAACAUUGAGAUUCAUUGAGGUCGGUGGAGAUAGAAACCUGGACAUGUGGCUAGGGUCACAGCGGUGUAUUACUAAACACUGAAUCUCCUGACAGCGUCUCGUAGACGACUUUACAUACAGGCUAAAGUGGAGUAAACAAGUCAGUAGUAUGACUUAACAACCCUCGAGGAAAACAUUUAUGUCACCAGGGACAACAAAUUCACCAUCAAAAGUGUUAGUCAUAAAUGAUCGAAGUCUUCACCAGGGAAACAAGCUUAAUAUCGAAACUCUGUAGCCAUGGCCAGAGAAAAAAGUAACUCUUGGCAAUUUUUUUGAGUUAUAUAUAAUAAAAUAAGGUUAAAAUCCCCUGAUAUUUCUAUUGAUAGAGUUUUACAUCCCCUGGUUCUGGCCUCUAGACUGGAAUGAUAAAAGGAAAAACUUGUAUUGACUAUUCACAGAGUUGUCUCAUCUGGUCCUGGCCUCUAGACUGGAGUGAUAAAAGGAAAAACUUGUAUUGACUAUUCACAGAGUUGUCUCCCCUGGUUCAAAAUUUCUAGACUGGAAUGUAUUAAUCCGAGCCCCACUCGAUUUGCACUCUUCUCCUUCUAGAAUAUAUCUUCCGGUCACUCGAUUUGAAGCUCUUCUGCUUCUGGAAGAUCUUCUACCUCUUCCGUCUCG